AGCUUUCGAUCCAAGUAAGAGGAAACCUGACAAUUGUCCAGAAAUAUUUGUUGUGCUACGUUUGCUGUGUUUUGUUUUAUUUUAUUUAUCUUUUCGAUAAGAUCAGAUUGUUUGUUUAGCGAUGGAUAAAUAAUGCGGGAGCCAGCCAGUUUAAAGGUCUGAAACAACGGCGAAAGAAAGGAGAAAGAAAGGCCGGCCACAAAAGAUCCGAUGCCCCAAACAAAUUAACAUAAUUAGGGCGCCUACCCAAUGGCUGACCAUUGAGAGAUACGACGUGUAUAUCGAGAAAUACACGCACUUUUGUGCCGCGAUCAUCAACGCGAUCAAAUGCAAAUGAGGCGACAUCAGUCAAGCGGCCGAAAGCGAAAUGUGCAUCAUCAACACCAAAACUUUGGGCUAACAAUUGCAUAAUCCGAGCCAACCAAACACGACCCCAUUUUUUUCAAAAUCGCAAAACCCUGAUUGCCGAUACACGGCCGACGAACACGAAGAUCGAGCCAAAGUUUUGCAUGAAGUAUACGCAACGUGGUCCGCAAUAAUGGAUCUAAUGGAGCUGAUGCAUCAGCUGUUCCUGCACAUAUUCGACAUCUUUAAGAUUUACGUCAAGUUCGCCCUGAUCACGCUGGUCAUCUACUUCUUGGCCGAGUGGUAUAUACUCCGAUAUGGGGCAGAAUUGGAGGCCGAACUGGGUGCCCAUCUGGUGGAAGGUGCUGAAUUGAGAGAGGAGUCCCCGGAGCGACCCGAGUCCAAUAGCACUCUGAGCAAGGUGUUUCGAUUCGUGGUGAACUUUUUCAUCCUAUAGCCGAUCGACCGACUCGAUCGAACCCACUUGUCAAGGUCAAUCGCACAGCUGAAUCGGUUUUGCUUUUUCGCGGAAUUGCAAUUCGAUUCAGCCAGCCACAUCUCAAGGCUCUCGGCAAGAGAAUGUAAAAUCGAACCAGUUGCAUUUAACAACAGAAAAAUACAAAGCAAGCAAAAAAAACACAAUAAAAUAAAGCAGCCAAAGCAAAAGCUGCCAAGUAAACACAAUCUUUAUAUGUAAUAAACAAUAACAAUAAGGAGCUGUAAAAAAACAA